ACUUUCAUUGAUCAGGUGCUUUGAGAGAGUAAACUCUGAGGCGAAAAUACUCGUGAGAAUGGACAUGGGAAAGAGCACAGAGGCUGGAAAGAGUGGCGGUGAGUCGUCGACAGCAAUUGACUAUGACGUCUUCUUGAGCUUCAGAGGGCCGGACACUCGCCAAGGAUUCACGGAUUGCCUUUACAACGAUAUGCUAGAGGCGAACAUACAUGUUUUCUUCGAUGAGGAAGAGCUCCGCGUCGGUAAAGAAAUAGGUGAUGAGCUACCGACGGCCAUCGAAAAGUCAAAGAUCUACGUUCCCAUCUUCUCCAAAGGUUAUGCUUCGAGUCCAUGGUGCCUUAACGAGCUCGCACACAUGCUGGAGUGCAAGAAAUCCAAUCCCUCCGAAAAGGAGAUUAUGCCUGUUUUCUACGACGUGGAACCUUGCGAUGUUAAGCUUAAGUCUCAACUAUACAUCAACGCUUUAGAGGAGCAUGAGGAGAAAUUCGGCCCCCGGACAAGGCAAAAGUGGGAGGAUGCCCUCAAAAGUGUUGCCCAGAUCAAAGGAUGGGAGUUGAAAAAGCAGAGGCAUUGGAAAUUCAUUAAAUCGGUGACACGAGAGAUUUUGAUGAAGCUGAAGAUAAAAGACAAAUAUGUCACCGAGCAUUUAGUCGGAAUGGAUGAUCGAGUGGAAGCUGUUGUAAAGUUGUUGGACGUGGACUCUGGGGGUAUGCGGUUUGUGCUAAUCCAUGGAAUGGGCGGAAUUGGUAAAACAACUCUUGCUAAGAUUGUCUACAACAAACUAAAUUCCCUCUUUAGUCAUUGCUGCUUCUUGGGAAAUGUCCGGGAAUCGUCGCGCCGCUUUGGCCUUGUAACUUUGCAAAAACAACUAUUAUCUAACAUGUUUGGUUCUGGAUUUCACGACGGAAUCAAUGACAUUGACGAUGGGAUCAAGUUGAUUGCACAACGACUUUCUAAUAGGAAAGUCUUCAUCAUUGUCGAUGAUGUGGACGAGGAACAACUCGAGAAACUAGCCAUCAAGCAUGUUUCCUUCGGCUCUGGAAGCAGAGUUAUUAUGACAACUAGGAAUAGAAUCAUCAUAGAAGCUAGCCGGACUUUUGAGUAUGAAGUGAAGCCAUUGGAUUCCAUUCAAUCGCUUGAGCUUUUCUAUGGACAUGCAUUCGGAAAAAAUCCUCCUCCAAAUGAUUAUGUCAGUCUUUCGAGACAAGUAGUUUCUACUACCGGAGGACUUCCCUUGGCUCUCGAAGUCAUAGGCUCAUUACUUCGUUGCCAAAACAAAGGCUUUUGGAUAGGUGUACUGCACAAUCUGAGGGAAAUAACUCAUGAGAAGGUCCAAAACACGCUGAAGAUCUGCUACAAUGCCCUGAAGCAUGAGCAAAAACAAAUCUUUCUCGACAUCGCAUGUCUUUUUGUGGAUGAAGACAAGACGAAUGCAUUCUACAUGUGGAAAGAUUGUGGGUUUGAGCCAGAUUAUUCAACUCAAGUCCUUGUUUGCAUGUCCUUGAUAAAGAUAACUGACGACAAUAAAUUCUGCAUGCACGAACAACUGAGAGAUCUCGGGAGGAAAAUUAUCUGUGAAGAUACAAGGUUGGUGGAUCCAAGAAAGCAGAGCAGGUUGUGGGAUCCUGAGACAGCGGUUAAAAUCAUUAGAACAGAAGAGAGAAAGGAGGCCAUUGAAGCAGUUUGCUUAGAUGAAAAUGCACCAGGAAUCUAUACAAGCGAAGAGUUUUCUAGGCUUCCAAACAUAAGGUUCCUCAAAUUACGUAGGGGACGCUUUGUUGGAGACUUUAAGAAUCAGCUUUCAGAGUUGAGAUACUUGUCCUGGAAUAGGUGUCCUCAUGAGCUCUUGGUCCUCAAUUUCCAUCCAAGCAAUCUUGUUGUUCUCAACCUGUCUAAUAGCUUCAUCACGGAGGACUGGGCCGGAUGGAGUCAAAUCAAGGUUGCUAAGAAGCUGAAAGUUCUGGAUCUCACAAAUUGCAACAACAUGACUAGGACUCCAAUCUUCUCCAAUCAUUUGAGUUUGGAGAGAUUGAUCGUAAAAAAUUGCAGAAGACUGAUUGAGGUUGAUGGUUCCCUUGAAAAGCUCAAUAGCCUGAUUUACUUCAAUGUUGAUGGGUGUACAAGUCUUACGGAGUUGUGCGAAGGAAUCGGACGGUUAGAGAAGCUUGAGUACUUGUAUUUAGGCAAUUGCAGAAAGUUGAGGAAGCUGCCUGAAUCAUUUGCGAGAGUGGCAUCACUGGUAGAGUUGGAUCUCUCAUAUACGGCUAUCACAAGAUUACCCGUCUCCAUUGGUAACCAAAAGCGGUUGUCAGUACUUAAACUACAUUCUACACAAAUUGAUGAACUACCUAGCUCUAUUGGAGAUCUACGGGAACUUAAGUCUCUCUCUCUAUCACGUACAAAAAUAAAGAAACUUCCCAUCUCGAUUGGGAAUUUGGAAUCGCUACUCGAGUUGGAUAUCUCAGGAACACGAUGUCUACGGUUACCCGAAUCUAUCGGAGACCUAAGGAGAUUGAAAGUCCUCAAAAUUUCGAAUUCCUGCAUAAGUGAGUUACCGAGGAGUAUUGUCACCCUAAAAGAGUUGGAAGAGCUACAUGGCAGGGAUUGCCCAUCUCUGAAGUGGGAAGUUCCCGAGGGCAUUUCAGGAUUUUUGCUUUUUAGAGUCCUCGACUUGCAAGCAACCUGUAUUAGAAAUGUUCCGGCGACGAUCCAACUACUUCCUUGCCUAGAGAAAUUGAAUUUAUGGCGUUGCAGCAAACUUGAAGUAUUGCCUAAGCUUCCCAUAAGUUUGAUAAGCCUAAGCUUCGGAUCAAGUUCGUUGCAGUGGGUCCCGGAUCUGUCAAACCUAACAAAAUUGGUGGAUUUGAGCUAUGGUGGUCAUGAUGAGAACUAUCAUCCUUUGUUCUUCCAAGAUGGGACAUGCCAACAAUCUCUCAUGUUCCUUCCACCGUCUCUAUCAAUAUUGUCACUCGAAUAUCAUGAAUCCAUAACCAGUUUGUCAUUUCAUUGCGACUUGAGAAACUUGACACGUUUGCGCAUUUAUCAAUGUUGUUGGAAGGAAGUUCAACUUGAUGGGCUUGAACAGUUGAUUGAAUUCGAAGUGGAGGGGUCAAAACUCCUCGAGAGAUUUGCUGGUCUUUCCAGGUUAAAGAGGUUGAAGCUGUGGAAGCUGAUUGAUUGCCCAAAUCUAACUGUGAUUCAAGGUCUUUGUUCGAUGGAGUCAUUGGAACAAUUGGAAAUAAAAGAAUGUCCUAAGAUUAAAAGUCUAGAUGAUCUAUCAGAUUUGAAAAAGCUGGAGUACUUGGUAAUUCGAGGAUGUGAAGAGCUUCCGGCGGUUAAGGGCUUGGAUGAACUAGAGACUCUCAAAAGAUUGGAUUUUAAUCGUUGCAGAUCAUUGGAAAGUUUUGCUAAUGUAUUCAGUUCGAGAAUACCAGACAGGUGCUGUAUAACCAUUUUCAACUGCUCAAACUUAGUUGAUCCUUCGUAUGGAGGCCUAGUCAGCUCGUACAAGCAAUGGAAAGUCCUGGAAAUGUCCAACAGGGUUCGUAAUCAGUCAAGCCAGAGAACUCAAACCCCUCGGAGAACGUUGAUAGCGGAUGAUGCUGAGAGAGAAGACAGACGGGGAGAAGCAAAGAAGACAAAGCAAGGCAAAUUUUUAGUGAGUGAAACCUUGAGGCAGAGGGGGCAUUGUUCUUGUCUCCCCCGCUUCCCUCUCUCUCUUCUCUUUCCAUCGUCUUCUUCAACCAUCAGCCACGGGGGGAAGAUUUGA